AUGCUGACGACUCCGCGACGGCGCGCAGAAGACGUCGACGCCGCUGAAGACAACCCCAGACCUUCAAAACGCCAGCGCACAUCUAGUCCCACGAGCUCACCACUCACCGAGCUCGCGUCUUCCCAAACAGUGCCUGUGCCUACAUCGCUCCCAACAUCGCCAGCACGGUCUAUAUCGACGUUGCAGCCCAUACCGCCUGAAAUACUGCUUGUCAAUUUGCCCCGCCUGAUAAUUCACCCACCGAACCACCCACGACAUACUCAAUCGCUCUAUCUCGCGUUGAUAGCCUUCAGAAAGUGUUUGCAGCUCCCCACUUUAACGGCAGAUAUAGAAUGUAGAGCAUGGACCGGACUGGUCGAAAUUGGGAUGCGAGUUAUUGGCGGAGGUUUCAGCGCAGUGAAAGAACUAGGAUGGGCCCAGGGGAUCGAGGCUGAGGUGGAGAAGGCAGUCACCAAAGGAUUACAUAUCGCCAAUGCGCACCCCUCCCUACGGCUCUAUGCGCCCCACCUGACCAUAAUGUCCGCGACUCUCGCGGCUUGGCAGCACAAUACAAAGUUUGCUCGCAAUCAAGUCAAGAAACUCCUGAAUACUGUUUCAGAACCGACGGGAGAAGCUUGGCCGCCCCAUGUUGUAUAUGGCGUGCACCUGACAUAUAUCGACUUCCUAAUACAUAGCAAGACCACAGACGCGAAUAGCAGCAAGCAAGACACACAUGCUGCACUUGCGUCUAUCCAGGCUCUCGCAGAACUCGCUUCGACGAACUCCCAGUCUCCGCGUCCAUCUGAACCCCUAUCGACCUCCUCCAACGUCAACCUCGACGCUGGUCGCAAGACAGGCGAGGAUAACCUCGACGGGCACAUGCGAGUGGUCUUGCUAACGCAUGUACUUCGUCUCCGGGUCUUGAUCGCAGCCGGAAUGUGGAGCGAAGUAGGCGAUGCGUUGAAGGAGGCCGAGCAAAUAUUGAAGAUCUCUGCGGAACCUGCGAGUAUACCCAAGGAGACGGAUGCAGAUGCUACCCCAAAAGCUUCAAAACGCCACUCUUCGUCUAGCGCUGCGGCUGCGGGGGUUGUCGAUUCAGAAGAUCCGUUCAUUAUCGCUUUGGUCGUUCACACACUCAUUAUCGGCGUCCUUUAUCACACCUACUCCGGCGAUGCUCAAGCUAGUCAAACCAGAUUAGCCAUCCUCCACGCCACGAUGGACAAGGCCAUGCUAGAGAAGGAUCAAGAGACGGAGGACGGCGUUAUAAGUAUAUCGUUCGACUCGCAGUACUCCAAGCUAUACAUUCGGACCACGCAUCCUCGUGUCAUUUACGCCCUGGGUUUCCUGGUCAGCAGUACCGUCAAGCGCGACCCUAUCGGACGCAAGCCAAAGCGCAAGGUUUUUGCUGUCGAAGGACUCACACGGUGGGAAAGAGAAAUGAAAUCAGGGGAGUUCACGAGACACCUACAGCUGCCGUGUUACGCGAAUCUAGAUGAUCUUAUUCAGGUCGAAUCUCGGAUGAUAAAAAUAAAAGCCGACUUGCUUUCUGAGUAUAUCGGCGUUUCAAUCCUAAGGGGCGAAUUCGACGCCGCAGAAUAUAACCUCGACAUACUCAUCGCCCAUACUCGCAACCACAACCUCUUCCCGUUAUAUGCAGCGCGUAUCACCCUUCAUCAUGCACAUCUUGCCCACUCACUCGGGCAAGCUGAGCGAGCGGAACGUUGCUAUCAGGUGGCGUAUCAUCUGGCCGGCGGAAAUAGUUCCUCCUCCAUGCUGGACAACAAACGCCCCAGUGAUUCGGCCAAGGCUAAGAAACACGAACCAGCUGUAGAUGCCUCAUGCGUGCUGAGUGCAGAUAGUGAUUUCGUCUGUGUUGCUGCUCUGGCUGGACGAGUAGCCCUUUUGCUCGGGAUGAGUGUCGCUGAGAUGUGGCUAGAUGAAGAUCUCGAUGACGAUAUUGAUAGUGGUCCUGCCUCUCCCACGAAAGGCAGAAGCACGAAAGGGAAGGAGAAGGAGGGCUCGGACAGCGAUCGCCCAAAAUGGAGGACUGAACUGGAACGCUUGGGAAAGCAAGUCGUCUCAGAAUCGCGAGGAAUGGGCGGUACGUUAGAAGCCAUCGGCCAAAUCAUCGAGGCCUGCCUUUCAAAGGAGAUCAUCAAAGCAAAGCAACAUCUGAAAAUAGCGCUUUCGAAAGCGACUCGGGCACAAGACAAUCAUUUGCGGGCACUCAUCCUUGCGUUAAUCUCGGCACAUUACUUUCAUGUAUCUGCCGAUCACGCGCGCACUAUGCUUGUUACGUGUGAUCAGCUGGCUGCUGGUUUGGGCGCGACAUCCACGAAGUCGAAGACUGUGGCUGAGGGUGAUGGCCGCCGGGACCAAGCCGACGGGAGUAAGGGGGAUGCGAGUGAUGUAGGCAAUGCACCGCUCAGGCUGUGGGUGGGAGAGAAGUUCGUUGAGCUGCAUAAGCGCACGGGUCACGAAGAACUGGCCAAUAAACAAGCACAGUUGAACACGCGACUUAAGAAGGCUGUAGUACAAAUGGUGGCUCGUGGCACCUGA